AAGAAAAAGCUUAAUAUUUUCCCAGCUUUUCUUUCUUGUAUCUCAUUUCCCCUAAUUUCUCACAAAUCUUCUUCUCUUACACAAGCAAAAAUCCCAUUUCUCUUUGAAUCAAAAUUCCCAUACAAUUUUCCUUAGAUUUCAUUUCCAUUGUAUUCUCUCUUUUUUCUCUCCCCUUUAUUUUCACUUUCCUCUAUUUUUCCAUUUCCAUUUCCCUCUUUCAUUUUCAAUUUUUUUUUUCAAGAAUCCAAAAAACCCACUUCAGAUUUAGGGUUUCUUAUCAAGUUUUAAUUUUUCUGUAUUUUUUUUCCCACUCAUUGUAUUAUUCUUUUAUUUUUUUUACAAAAAAGAAGAAGGGAAGACUGUUGUUGAAAAAUACUUGUUCCAACUGUUUCCAUAUAUAAUACAACUAAUAUUAGGCUUUAGGGCAAGGGGUCACCAAAAAAAAUAAUUUUUUUGGUGUAUUUUUUUUUUUUUUGGGGUAAGGUAGAUUUUUGCUGGAUCUGGGGUAAUUUCCAGAUUUUAACAGUAGUUAAUAAUUAAUAAAUCUUUUUGGUUUAAUUGGGUUUUUAGUUAAAUCAAGAAAAGAUUAAAUCUUUAAUUAUGGAUCAUGUUGUUAGUGGCAAGUUUAAGCUUGGUAGAAAGAUUGGUAGUGGAUCUUUUGGGGAACUUUAUUUAGGGGUAAAUGUACAAACUGGAGAAGAAGUUGCUGUGAAGUUGGAAUCAACUAAAACAAAGCACCCUCAGCUUCACUAUGAAUCAAAGCUGUAUAUGCUUCUACAAGGAGGAACUGGAAUUCCACACCUCAAGUGGUUUGGCGUUGAAGGUGAAUACAAUGCCAUGGUUAUCGACCUUCUUGGACCAAGUUUGGAAGACUUGUUCAACUAUUGCAAUAGGAGGUUCACUUUAAAGACAGUUUUAAUGCUGGCAGAUCAAUUGAUUAAUAGGGUUGAAUAUAUGCACUCAAGAGGAUUUCUUCACCGUGACAUCAAGCCCGAUAACUUCUUAAUGGGUUUAGGGCGUAAAGCAAAUCAGGUAUACAUCAUUGACUAUGGUCUUGCCAAGAAGUACAGGGAUCUUCAGACACAUAAACAUAUACCAUACAGAGAAAACAAAAACCUCACAGGAACAGCUCGUUAUGCUAGUGUUAACACCCAUCUUGGAGUUGAACAAAGCAGAAGAGACGAUCUGGAGUCUCUUGGUUAUGUGCUUAUGUAUUUCUUGAGAGGAAGUCUGCCAUGGCAAGGUCUGAAAGCUGGCACCAAAAAGCAGAAAUAUGACAAGAUUAGUGAGAAGAAGAUGCUUACACCUAUAGAGGUGCUUUGCAAAUCAUAUCCCUCAGAAUUCAUAUCAUAUUUUCAUUAUUGCCGAUCAUUACGGUUUGAUGACAAACCAGAUUACUCAUACCUGAAGAGGCUAUUCCGUGACCUUUUCAUUAGAGAGGGUUAUCAAUUUGACUAUGUGUUUGAUUGGACUAUCUUGAAGUAUCCACAGAUUGGCUCCAGUUCAAGAACUCGACAACCUAUUGCUAGAUCACCUGUGAACCCAGGACCAUCAAUUGAAAGAGCAGAAAAGAUCCCUGUGAGGCAGGAAAUGAAAGAUAGGUUUUCUGGUGCUGUGGAAGCGUUUACUAGAAGGAACGUGUCUGGAACUGGUUUGCAAGGGGACCAUUUGAGACAGCACAGAUCUUCAGAUGAUGUACCGUCAUCUAAGGAUGUGCAAGCUGAUGCGGAAAGAGGGCGUGUAUCUCGGACUGGUAGCACCUCGAGGAGGGCUGUAAUGGGAAGUAGCCGACCAAGCUCAUCUGGUGAACCCACUGACAAUCGCACUGGUCGAUUAGGUUCAAGCAGUGGCCGUAUUUCCACUACCCAAAGAGUACAACCUGGAUUUGAAUCCAAGUCAUCAUCGUUUACCCGCGCUACUGCAACAAGAGGUGGUAGGGAUGAUGCUCUUAGGAGCUUUGAGCUGCUAACUAUUGGCACCGGAAGAAGGAAAUGAGGCCAUUAUAUAUGAUGUCUAAUAGCUGCCCCCUCAAGUUGAGCAGCUGUCUUUAAGCGCUUCCCAACAAGCAUGCACUGAUUCUUGCAAUUUAUCAGGCUUGCUAAACUUUCAAGAGAUAGGGGGGUGUUUCUGUUUUGUAUAUUUGAGAAUGCCUCUCUAAUGUGUGAUGUUGUAGACCGGGAUUUGUCGCGAAAAUAAAAAUAUUUCAAAUCUCUAGAUUGCUUCAUGCAGAGAUGAGCAUAGCUCCCUUCUUUUUCUGAUGCAUGGCUGCUGUGUUUGCGAACGAGGAGGAUGUUUAGUGGAAAGUAAAUAGUUCAUGGUUAUGUAGUGUAGUUCCGAUUACUUAAGGGGCUACCUCGGUACUUUCUCUUAGUCGUGUGGUUCUUGUGCCAAGAAAGAUUUUCAUAUACUUUUUAUGUAAUGUACCUUAAAUUUCUGCACUCUAAUCUUUCUUCCCUAUAUGAUUUGUUACUAUGAACUUGAGUUGUUAUUUAAUUAAUCCAAUUUGAUGUACCUUAAA